AUUUUUUUUUUUAUUUUUUUUAAAUUGUAAUCUUUCUAGGGUUUCCGCCCACGACCUGCCCCUCUUCCACUUUCUCUGAAACCCUAAUCCUUCCAAAAACCCUGGUAGAAAUCUCCUCCUCCGGUCGAUCGGCUCGCUGCUCCCACAAUCGUAGAUUUCUCGCUCGGCAUCAGCACGCAAGCGGAAUCAAUCGAGCCUCCACAUCGCAUGAUUUCCGAGCCGAGGUCGUCCGAUGGAGGGCUCCCAUCGGCCGGAGACCGUCCCGUCGGCGACGCCGCGGCCGCGGAGGACGAUUUUGAGGCAACGGAGGAGGUCGGCGGCGGCGGAUCGGUCGGCCGGGAGGAGGCGGUGGCCGACGUCUCCGGGAAAACGUGGGAGGUGGCGCUUCUCGAGAGGCCUCCGCGCGACGUCGGCGCCGAGGCCCUGUACGUGUACCGCAACACCUUCAAUUUGCUCCCGAGAACGAUCGGACGGCUGGGGAGGCUCAAGACCCUCAAAUUCUUCGCGAACGAGGUAGACGUUCUACCGCCGGAAGCUGAGGAUCUGGUGGAGUUGCGACGGUUGCAGGUGAAGGUCUCGUCGCCGCGGAUCUCGGGCAUCCCCUUUCGAAAGCUCAAGUCUUUGAAGGAGCUCGAGCUUUGUAAGGUCCCGCUGAGGCUGUCGGCGUUCUCUAUAUUGUCGGAGAUCUCCGGACUUAAGUGCCUUACAAAGCUCUCAAUCUGCCACUUUUCAAUCAGAUAUCUUCCUCCUGAAAUUGCUUCCCUGAAAAAACUUGAGGAACUUGAUCUCUCUUUCAAUAAGCUGAAGAACUUGCCUGAUGGCAUAUCCGAGUUGAAUGCCCUCCGAUCAUUAAAAGUUGCUAACAAUAAAUUGGUUGAUUUGCCAUCUGGAAUCUCUUCUUUAAGAUGCCUGGAGAGUCUGGACUUGUCAAACAAUAGACUCAUUUCAUUGACGUCGCUUAAUCUUGCUUCAAUGUUCACCCUUCAGUACUUGAAUCUUCAGUUUAAUAGGAUUCACGGUUCUUGUCAAAUUCCUUCAUGGAUAUCCUGCGAUUUCAGAGGAAAUGGAGAUGUCCCUAAGGGUGAAAGAGUCCAUUCAUUAGUCAAGAUGGGUGUUGAUGGUCUGGGAGCCAAGCAGAGCAUUGUGAAUAACCCAUGUAAUGGUCACAUUGGAUCUUGUUCAUGUUUAUAUGCUGAAGCUUCAUCAAGUUCAAGAAUUCACACAGCACAGAAAAUGAGGAAGAGCUGGAAGCGACGUGAUGGCCCCCAACAGAGAGCUCGGCAGGAAAGGUUAAAUUUUAGCAGGAAUAGAAAAGUUGACGAUAGUAGUGACGAUGUGACUUCAAAGAUGGUUGAAGAAAAUGAUUCUAGUAAAGUGCCUGACAUGGAAAGCAAACAUCCCGAUAUGCAGGUUACUAUUGAUGAGGGAAACUUGAUUGAAUGUUCUUUGAAAUCAAGUUUUAGUUCAGAAGCUAUAUCUAGCUCUGUUGAUGAUGAUGUAUGUGUACAAGAUAGUGCCGAAAGUGAGAAAAUUAGCUUGAAGAAAAGUUGUCAGGAUGAUUUUUCAUGCACUAGUUCUGUGUCAACUUGCUUGAACAAAGACUCCGACUUUGAAGGAGAAUUGGAGGACAGUGGUUCAUCAGUCAAUCAUCUCAGUGAAGCCAAAGAAGUUAGUAAAAACUCUUGCAAGGCAACUAAAUUAUUUUUAAACUCAAAAAGGCAUCCUGAUAUGGACAAUAAUCCUAAGCCCAGAAAAUUUCGAAAGCCUUUCGAUGACUGUUCAAACCUUUCUUACAAGUAUAGCAUAGAAUCCUUUUGCAGUGUAGAUGACCAUCUACCAGAUGGCUUCUAUGAUGCUGGGCGUGAUCGACCCUUUAUGUCAAUACAAGAUUAUGAGCAGUCUUUCUCUCUUGGUUCACGGGAAAUUAUUCUUUUGGACAGAGAAGAGGAUGAGGAGUUGGAUGCGAUUGUUUAUUCUGCACAAUUGUUGCUGUCUAGUUUAUCGAGGCCAAGUUUAGCUGAAAGAGAAGAUGCUGCUGCUGACAACUUAUUGAGGGCAUCGAUUCUCGCUCUCUUUGUUUCUGAUUGCUUUGGAGGUAGUGAGCGAGGUGAUUCUCUUAUGAGAACUAGAAGAGCUGUUGUGAGUUUGAAUAAGCAGCAGCCUUUCAUCUGUACUUGUUAUACCAGAAACAUUUUUGACAGCACUGGAGCAUCUAAACAACUGCAUGGCUUCGCUCAAAAUGUCAACUUCAGCGAUCUAUGUGACAGGUCCAUACAUUUUAUCAAGGAAACACAUAAGUCAAAUGUUGUGCCUAUAGGGAAACUGCAGUUUGGUGUUUGUAGGCAUAGAGCUGUUCUAAUGAAGUAUCUUUGUGAUCGAGUGGAUCCUCCAAUUCCUUGUGAGCUUGUUAGAGGAUAUCUAGAUUUUAUGCCUCAUGCUUGGAAUGCUGUUCUUGUUAGAAGAGGCAACACUUGGGUGAGGAUGGUUGUUGAUGCAUGCUAUCCAACUAAUAUUCGAGAAGAGACAGAUGCAGAGUACUUUUGCAGGUAUAUUCCUCUCAAUCGACUGCAUAUUCCAUUGGAGGGUGAUAAUUCUCCCAUCUUCGGAUUCUCUUUUCCUUCCCUCUCGAUUUGCGAAGAAAUUGAGACUUCAUCAACACGCUCCAUCUUCCACUGUAAAAUUGGAACAGUUGACACUGCUGUUAAGGUGCGUAACUUAGAUGGACGUGUGGCUUCCAGUGAUGAAAUGAGAAAUUUUGAGUAUGGGUUUUUAGCAGAAGUGAGGAUGCUUGGUGCUUUGAGGAAACACAGGUGUAUAGUAGAUAUUUAUGGCCACCAGCUUUCUUGUAAGUGGAUUUCUUCGGGAGAUGGCAAUGAAGAAUACAGGCUACUGCAGUCUAUAAUUGCAGUGGAGUAUGUAAAAGGAGGGUCUGUAAAGGGUUAUUUAAAGAAACUAUUGGAUGACGGUGAGAAGCAUGUCCCAAUUAACCUGGCAUUUCAUAUUGCUAGAGAUGUUUCCUGUGCGUUGGUCGAGCUGCACUCCAAGCUCAUUAUUCACCGUGAUAUAAAAAGUGAGAAUGUUUUGAUAGAUUGCAAUUCUAAGAGAAGUGACGGUUACCCGGUUGUCAAGCUUACCGAUUUUGACCAAUCAAUUCCUUUACACUCCUCUUCACACACGUGCUGUAUCGCUCACCAUGGUGUACAUCCUCCCAAUGUUUGUGUUGGGACACCUCGUUGGAUGGCUCCCGAAGUCUUGCAAGCUGUGCAUCAGAAAAAUCGAUAUGGGCUGGAGGUGGAUAUUUGGUCAUUCGGGUGUUUUCUAUUGGAGUUGCUGACCCUUCAGGUCCCCUAUCAGGGAUUAUCUGAUUCAGAAAUAUAUGAUCGCUUACAAAGGAAACAAGGUCCGCAGCUAACACCAGAACUAGAAGCAUUCUCAUCCUUAGACGAGCCAAUUACUCGGCUGAAUUUGGGGAUAUCAUCUGAUGCUGCCGCCGUUAUGUUGAAGCUAUUAAUCGAUCUUUUCCACCAGUGUACCAGAGGAAAUCCAGCUGACCGUCCCACCGCAGAAAAUAUAUAUAACUCCCUCUGUUCUAAUUAUAGGAGGCCAAGUUCGACUUAAUCUUCAGGAAUGAGCUCUAUUCUCUUGCGGCUAAAGAGAUGUUUGUAGCUUCUAAUUUCUCCUGUAGUUUAUUUGUUGUUUUUGUUGGCCAAAGUCAAUAUAAUUGUAUCAGCCAUAUUGAUAAUCUUUAUGAUUUAUCAUUUUUUCCUUUGAUGAUCUCACCGAGGUGAUUUUGGGUCGCCCUGUUGUUGUUUUUUUCGUCCUGUAAUCUCAUUUAGCGCAGAUGGUAAGUUAGAUAUUGACAUAAUCUAUCGGACGCACUGAACCUAUGUAACGGAUAAUUGUUGUGGUUCUAAGUUAAAUCAGAGUUAGCAAUAUUGACAAUUUGUUUAAAUUUUGUAUGA